AUGCCUCGAGCUCCCAAAAAACAAACAAAAGAUCCCAAUGCACCAAAAAGACCAUUGUCAGCAUUUUUUCUCUUUUCACAAGAUGAACGACCUGCUAUAAAAGCUGGAAAUAAUUCAUUAUCUGUUGGUGACAUUUCAAAACAAAUUGGUGAAAAAUGGCGGAAAAUUAAUGAAGAUGUUAAAAAAGGAUAUGAAAAACGAGCACAAGAAGCCAAAAAAGUUUAUGAUAAAGAUAUGGAGGCUUAUAGAAAAAAACAAGCGAGUUCAAGUGGUGGCGCUACUGGUGGCGCAAGUGCAAGUGCUCAACCAUCAAAAAGUCGGCCAAAAAAGAAAGCGCCACCUAAAGCACCAGAAUCUGAUGAAGAUGACAUGGAUGACGAGGAAGAUGAGGAAUAA